CAAAAAAACAAUAUUCAAGCAAACCACCUACUUCCCCCACCCUCCCAUGCUGCAGCUACACCACCAGUACAGGCCAGCACAUUAACAGAAGAGCAGCCUGCUGGUGUUGGCAUCUGCCGUCUGUUUCUGCACUUUUGUCAUAUAUGUAACAAGCCUUUAAGGAAUAGUGUGGCAAGUUUACAACAGCUCAGCACAAGAGAGGCGUAGAGGAAGGCCAACCAGAAAGCUCUUCUCUUGGCUCUCUCCAAAUAGAACGAAAGAAGUACUACAAUCCCACAAGAAUACAAAGGCCCAUUCCAGAGGACAAGAAACAGGCAUGGUGGUGCAUAAAAGACCCAGUCAUGCUAGAGACCUUAAUAAAAGCUCUCCACCCACGUGGCAUCCGGGAAAAGUCUUUGCACAAGCACCUCUCAAAGCAUCUUGCACACUUAAAGGAAAUGUGUGCCCGGGCAUCUUCUGAUGCCAUCUUUGAGUUCAAACCUGCAGAAGGUCAUCCUGUAAGUCAGGAAACACUGGACAAAUGGUCAGUAGAACAGUGGUCAUUCCAGGUGGAUCUAUCUGUCCUCCAGUCGGUAGAAAAUUUUGAACAAAGGGUCAUGUCAUCAGAUCUUCAGCUAAGGGGCUGGUCUCCUCUAAGCUUAGACUCGAUCCGAAGUGACCUGAAGUACUUUGAGCACAAGGUGGACGCAUCAGAUGAUAUCUUGGCCAAAGUUAAGAGAGAAGAGGUGUGGUUGCAUAGGGAGCCAGACAACCCUUUGGACUUAGCUGUGCUGCGGCUUAUAGAUAUGGAACAGAAUGUGGAAAGGAGAUACCUGAAGGAACCGCUGUGGAUACUGAGUGAGGUGCAGCAUGAGAAGAUUGUAACUACUGACCCAGAGACAAUGAUUACCACUGAGAAUCAGUACAGUAUUACUUCUCGUAUGCGUUUGUGGCGACAGACAGUGGAACGGUGCAGAAGUUCUGCUCAGCUACAUCUGUGCCUACAGCAGCUGGAAAAGUCCCUGGCAUGGGAACGAUCAGUUAGUAUAGUGACUUGCAUAUAUUGUCGGAAGGGAGACAACGAUGAUUGUUUGUUGCUUUGUGACAGCUGUGACCGUGGCUGUCAUACUUACUGCCAUCGGCCUCUAAUGACAGGGAUUCCAGAAGGAGAUUGGUUUUGUCCCAACUGUGUGGCUCAGCAAAGUGAAAGUGAGUAUCUAAAACCCAGUGGUUCUUCACGACGGAUCAAAAAGAGUGUGCAGCGUUAUCAAGAUGACAGUCCUAUAAAGCAGUCGCGUCGAAGAGAAACACCUGCCACGCCACAGUCCCCAGCAGAGAGCUCCCUUGUGAAGAAACGGAAAAUUGGGACAAGAAGUCAGAGUCCUGAUUUAACCUUCUGCGAAAUCAUUUUAAUGGAGAUGGAGUCGCAUGAUGACGCAUGGCCCUUUCUAGAGCCUGUGAACCCACGGCUUGUGCCUGGCUACAGAAAAAUUAUCAAAAACCCUAUGGACUUUUCUACCAUGAGGAACAAGUUGCUGAACGGACGGUAUUCCAGUUUUGAGGAAUUUGCAGAAGAUGCUGAACUUGUCUUCAGCAACUGCCAACUGUUUAAUGAAGAUGACUCUGAAGUAGGGAAGGCUGGAUUAAUCCUGAAGAAAUUCUAUGAAAGCCGCUGGGAGGAAUUUAAUCAAGAACGUGAAAACAAUUCCCUUUGA